GCCCUUAUCGGAUCCCAGGCUCGGCUGACCUAAACAUCUUCCGCCUUGACAAGUCCCCGAUCCGAUAUCAGCAAGUUACCAAACACAUCGACGCUCCUGCCACCCGGAUUCCUCCGUUUCGACCAUUUGCGCUGCUUGUUGUACAUGGUUUAUUAACUGAACUAGGAGUCGUCAAGCCUACAACCAGCUCUGGCUCUCCAGUUUUCGCGCUGAGGAUCUCCAUGCCGCAACCACAACGGCCCUUCCGUCAUCGCCGACAUCCCUAACACGAGAGUCGCUGGCUGCAUUUUGGAACCGCGCUAUGGCCGCACCGGCGAAUGCGGCAGUGAGGGAACGCAGACGGCGAUCAACGCCGCUCGAUCUGGAGCGAAUGAAUGUGAUGAAGGCCCUGACGGCGGCCGAGCACUCCAGGAGGCAGUUCAUCCUGAACUUUGCUGCUAGCAUAGAUACGCAGCUCCUGGUUCCAGGCCAGAAAUCCAAUGCCGUCAAGGCGGCCGAGGAGUGGGUUGCGCUCCAGCUCGCCCAGGAUGGCUACCAGGCCGUGAACAGCGACUUCUUCAAGUACUCGGUGGACGUGCGCCUGUGGUCUACUCAUGUUGGAAAUGACCUGGAGUUUCCGUUCGCGUUCAUGCGAGGAAAGGGCGAGGCCCCCUCCAGCGACAGCUCCGAGGCGGAUUACAAAGACGUCAACAGCGAGGCUCUGGCCGGCCAAGAGAACGACAUCCGCAAAGGAGAGGUAAUUUCCAUGGCGGCCUCCCCGCAGUCCUUUGCGAAAUCCUCCCAGAUCAUGUCUCCGAGGAAGCAACAGUUCACGCCCCUUACGCCGCAGACACGCAGACAACGGUCGAUUACGACUCCGGGAUCUGCGGAUAAUUCUGUGAACAAGCGAAGCUGGUCCCUGAACACUCUCGAUGAGCUCAACGAUUCCAAGACAAACCAGGGCCGAUUUCCCUUCCUUGUGCGCCUGGGCCGCUCUUGGUCGCGACGCCGGUCUGCUGCCACUUGACUCUCACGGGGCUGGAUUCAUUCUCCAGAUUCAGCAGACCUCAACACCAC